GAGCCUCUUUCAGUAACCUGCUCGCUCGCUCGGGGAAUAGACGUUUUGGCGGCUCAAUGAAAAUUUGGCGCGGAAUUCCAAAUUCGAUUUGGAUUUUAACGUUUCAAAUUAUUUUUUAAAAAUGUUGCGACUUUUAUGUUUUUCGGCCUGUUAUAAAUGAAUUUUUAAAUAUAGAACGUGUUUAGUGCUAAUAGUGUUAUAGUGUCAGAAAAAUGUUAGGACAAAGUGUUAUAUUUGCAGUUUUAUUCCUGACUUUACUUGAAGGAGUAACAAGCCUUCGCGACGUGAUGCUGCUCGUCGAACCUACAUCAGUUAUCAGGGGUGGCACGGCGGCCCUCAUCUGUUCGAGGGACAUGCAAGGAGCACCCCUGUACUCGGUCAAAUGGUAUCGAGGCAACCACGAGUUCUACCGAUACACGCCGAACGAAGAUCCUGACACGAGGGUGUUCGGACUGCCAGGAAUUUAUGUAGAUAUGAAUAGGUCCAACGGCUCUCAGGUCCUCCUGCGACGCAUGGACCUCACUCUCGCCGGCAACUUCAGCUGCGAGGUGACGGCAGACUCGCCUUCCUUCGCCACUCAGAUUGCCACCAAAUUCAUUGAUGUUAUUGUCCUCCCCACUCACGGGCCGGUCCUGAAGGCUGACAAAGACCGCUACCAACCUGGCGAGAUGCUGCAAGCGAACUGCUCCUCGUCACCAGCGCGACCAGCUGCUAACCUCACGAUCUACAUUAAUGAGGAACCGAUCCGUUCAUCAGAAACGAGCCUGCAUCCGUCGGAGAGCGGGCUGCUGUGGACCAGCGUGAAGGCUGACGUGAAAGUCACUCCUGACCUCUUCGUAGGUGACCGUCUGCGCGUCGCUUGUGUCGCGAGCGUAUACCAAGUGUACAAACGAUCUGCUAACUUGGAUUUCUUCACGCCUGACACUGAUCCCAGGCCUGAGCGGAUCACACUAAACAGAAGUUCAUCGAAGUUUCCUAGUUGGAUCCUCCUGCUGCUGCUGUUCCUACUGCCCAUGGUGGUGAUGGGCCAAGACUACGAGACCUUCGAGUGGACAGACUACGACAGCUACGACCAGGAAGAAACAGUCCCGGAAUCCAUAAUGAAGUCUCUUCUUGGCGCUUGAGCGUGUAGUUUUAAAUUAAUGUACGAAUUUAUGGCCUCUACACACAGACGUUUGAUGCAUCGUAAUAUUUUUUUACAUCAUUAUUAGUGUUUCUUCCCACUUCACUCGCUUUAAAAGCUUUCCAUAUUACAAAUGUUCCUUAAUUAUUGUAGCACCCUUUUAUAAAAUUAUGUAAUAAUAGCCCUGUAUUAUAAUUUAUACUGCUUACUAGUGAGCACGGGCCUCUUCUUCUACUAAGAAGUUAUGUGGUAGUGCGGGUUGGUAGACUUCACAUAUUCUCGAAAUUCUUUUUGGAGAAUUAUCAGGUAUGAAGAUUUCCUCACGAUGUUUUCUUUCACCGUAAGGCAAGCGAUAAUUCAUAAAGAAUACACACAUAAUUAUAUCAGAGCGAGAGAUGUGUGCCGUUGGGAUUUGAACCUGCAGACAUUCGUCUCGGCAGUCCAUUCCACACAACUCUACUUCUCACAACUAGCCUGAUUGAUUAACUGAAAGAUAAUUGUUAAAGACGAACGUAUUACUUCGAACAUUCAGAGGUAUGUAUGUGGCGUUUCGAACCCAUGGAUAUCCGUAUCGGUAGACCGUACUAUUCUCAACUAGGUUAUCAUGAACUUCACAGCUAUAUAAACAAUCGAAAUUAGGGCAUGGUGUUGUCCAUGGGCCAAAUUUCAUCUAAAUCGUACAGCGGUCUUUCCGUUUACUUCUAACCAACAUAUAAAGCUUACUUUUUCACAAAUAUUCCUUUUUAUGAUGAGUGAGAACAAAGAUUGUCCGUUAUAAGCAAAACUAAAUAUGGAACUAGAAUAAAUUGUGUGUGUAAAUAAAGAAAUAUAUAGCAUUUCCGAUGAACACUGACUAAAGUUCACCAAAAUAUGUCAAAAAGUUCUAAUCGCCACGCCUGUCUGCCAAAUGAGUAUUGAAAAUCUACUCGGAAUCGAACAUUCUGUUACCGAACUGGCUAGCAGCCAAAAUAUCCGUCUUUGCCUUUUUGUACGUGUCCAGGCGUACUAGGAAAUAUAUUUCCUCCUAGUUGCCUAUUUUUAGUGAUAGGGUCAAGGUUUCAACUUCCAUAGACUCAAUUUAUGCUGAUCGAAGCGAUACAUUUUGUAUGUAACUAGACCAACGUUUUCAUCAUAAAAAUUCACGAUAAGGUCAAAAAGACACGAUAACGAACGAACACGCAGAAAGAAAGGUCCGCAGUUUUAUAUCCGAAGACAUACCUCUGAGUUUUAGAAGUCGCGUGUGUAUUACUUAUAAAUUAUCAUUGGCUUUAACAGUGAAAGAAAAUAUCGUGGGGAAUACUGUUUUUAUGCGUUGAAUGAUGAGACGAGCUUGCCGUUCGCCUGAUAAGCGAUACGACUGCCCAUAAACAGUAGAAUCACCAUCUAACAUCUUAAAUUCAGAAAGUAUUGUUUGGUAUGUCACUGCGCUCUCCAUCCUGCCACAUGAAAAGUUAAGUCUUAUUAUGUCCAGUAGUUACACUGGCUACAAUGUCCUUCAAUUCUCUCACAUAUGAGAGCCCUACCACCAAUAAACUUACAUUAAUGAGAAUUUUCUACACGAAAAUCGAUGGUAUGUGAUAUCUACCAACCCGCAUUAGGCCAGUGUUGUGGACUAAGGUCUAAAGUCCGUGUUCACCAGCGGCGGCUUAGUGCAGGUCUAAUAUUAUUAUCUCUCUAUUACUUUUUAUUUGUAUGUUACUUUUUCCUUUUUUAUUUAUACAUUAAAAAUAUUAAUGCGCAUAAAAAAUAAUCACCCUCCGAUGGCGAAAUUCAAGUAUGCGUGCUAAAAAUCUACUAUAGAAGAUACUAAUGAGAUA